GGUCGCCAUGUUAUUUUGCUAACUUCACGCUUGUGUGUGAACAGUCUCAAAACAAAUAGGUUUUCUUUCUGUAUGUUGGUGCGUUGCGUCGUUCGAUCCAUUGUUUAUCAGCAACAAUUGAAGCUUAUUGUACAAUUCAGUCCUUUGCUGAUGUCUAAUUAGAUUCUAAAGUGUCUCUAAGUGGAUUAUCGUUCACAUUUACUACACAAAAGCCGGUCCCUCCGCCGCCGCCAUGGAAGUCGUGCAUGUCGACUCUGAAAACGUGGCGAUGGAUGAAGCUGUGAAGCCGGUGGCCGAUGUAGGCGCCGGGGACGCGGCGACAUCUCAAACAGAGCGACUGCGACGUAAAAAUAAGAAAUACGCUCGUACUAAUAGCAAAGAAGGCAAGGAAGGUGUUAGCGCUGUGACACCGCUUCCGAAAUAUCGUAGCUGGAAGAAUAGCAGGAGGCCACGGAAUGGUCACGGCCGAGGAUUGCCUAAGAAGGGCGGCGCUGGUGGCAAGGGCGUGUGGGGCGCCCCGGGUUCAGAACUCCUGGAGGAGUACGAGGAAGACGCCAACGACCCGAAUUACGACUCCGAGGCGGUCACCAACGGCGACAUCGAGUUCAAGCAGGUCAUCGUAGAGGCGGAGCCCGAGGAAGUUGUGCGCAAAGCCGAGCCGGUGAUAUUAGAAUACUUUGAACACGGAGACACCAACGCGGCCGCCGAGGACUUCCUGGAGUUCGUUACAGCCAAGCGGAGCCACCUGAUAUGCGAGACAAUAGUAGAGAUUGCGUUGGACCACAAGCCGUCUCACUGCGAGAUGGCAUCAGUAUUGAUCUCAGACUUGUACGGAAGAGUGCUCUCUGCAAAAGACAUUGGAUAUGCUUUCGAAAGACUCCUGGACAAGCUACCGGACCUGGUCCUCGACACCCCGGACGCCUGCGUGCUGCUCUCAAACUUCAUAGCGCGCUGUGUCGCCGACGACUGCCUACCGCCGAGAUUCGUGCAAGUACAAGCGCAGGCGGAACUCAAUCCUCACGCCAAACAAGCGAUACACAGAGCUGAGACUUUGCUAUCCAUGAAGCAAGGUCUGGUCCGGCUCGACAACAUUUGGGGCGUUGGAGGUGGUAUCAGGCCAGUGAAAUCCCUGAUCCGCCAAAUCCAACUCCUGCUGAAAGAGUACCUGACGUCAGGCGACCUCGCGGAAGCCAUGCGGUGUGUGAGAGAACUGGAAGUGCCACAUUUCCAUCAUGAGCUUGUAUAUGAGACUAUUUUACUAGCGUUGGAGACAAUAAACUCUACGGUAGAAGAGCAACUGUGCACAUUCCUCGCCGAGCUGAGACGCUGUGUCAUAGUGACGCCGGAUCAGAUGGAUCGGGGAUUUCUGCGCGUGCUGGAGGACAUGACAGAUAUAGUGUUAGACGUGCCGCUGGCGUACAUAAUGCUGGACCGGGUGGUGGAGCGCUGCCAGCAGAAGUUCCAGCUCGGGGCGACGGUGCUUGAGCGAAUGCCCACCAGGGGCCGUAAACGCUUCGUUUCUGAAGGCGACGGUGGCGCCAUCAAGGACCACGCGCUCAAACUGCGCGAAUAAACUACACCAGCGCACGCACGGACAAAAUUACAUUUUCAAUGUACAAUUUUUAUAGCAUUAUUGUUCUUAUCGUGUUACGACAAAAUAUCGUCCACUAUGGACUUAGACUAUAUACCUACAUAGAUUAUAUGUAUUUACAUGCCUAUUUCAUGAAGAGAGGGUAUAUAUUUUUUCAUAAUAAAUUUUGCCUUUUUUUUCUAGCAGUUACAAUAUUGAAUUUAUGCAAUUGUGCAAGUACAUAAGUAUUUGAAUAAUUUGUGACGCUGGCGCACCUUUUUUUUACAGUUACGUACCUAUGUAUAAAUUAGAUUUUUUUUUUCGUGACCAAAUUGUAAGGCAUUUGCCCGGCAGUUUUUAAGGUUAAGUUUUAGUUCAGUACAUAAGUCCGUGUCGUGGAGCGCUCGUGUUUUAAAAUACGAACUCUGUUCGCUUUUUAAACGCUUGAAAUGCGUUUAAUGUUUGUUUUAUUGGCCGCUUGAAAGUAUGUUUUUUUUUCCUUUAGAUGGCGUUCGAAAAGCGAACGGGGUUUUUAAAAAGUAUUAUACUGGCUGGAGGGAAUAAACAAGUUUUCCAGUAAAAAAUAAAAUAA